AUGAGCAUGGACACGGCAGAUUUGCUACCGCUGCUGGAACAGCUGGAUGAUGGUGUCGACGACCUCGAAGAUGCUUUGCAGCCUCUACUCGGGAGCUCGCUGAACAAGAUGUCUAAAAACAUGCCGAUAUUGGACAAAGCCAAAAUUCACGUGCUUACUACAUAUGCUAUUGAGACAUUGAUCUUUAACUAUUUACGGUUGCGCGGAGUCGACGCGAAACAGCACCCAGUUUGGCGUGAAAUUACCCGUGUGCGACAAUACUUUGACAAAAUGAAAGAGUUGGAAACCGAACCUGAACAGCGUACAAUGGUCCUCGACAAGGCAGCCGCGGGACGUUUUAUCAAGCAUGGACUUGCCGGAAACAAUAAGAUCGAUCUGGAGCGAGCGGAGAAGGAAGCCAAAGAGCGCGCGCGAGCUCAAGUCAAGGCCGCGCUGCUUGCCAAGAAAGCUGCCGCAUCAAGAAAUGAGGAGCAUGUCUCCAGCGCCACGUCACUCACGGCACAGACUGGUGACGAUGCCGAUGAAUCCGACGAAGAGAUGAACAUUCAAAAAGAAGACGAAGCCAAGGAUUUCAAGACCGGCGAGGCAUUUAUCGGUUUUGGCGACGCUGACGUGAAUGAUGAUAUUGAGAACAAAAAGAAAAAGAAGACGAAAGCAAAGGAGAAUACGACAAGAGCUCGAACCGAGAGUGCUCAGAAGCAAGGUCGCAAGGCGACCAAGGCCGAACUACGGCAAGAAAAGAAAGACAGACGACAAAAGAAAGAAAACAUUCGCAAAUCUAGAGGAGGCAAAUGA